CCCCCCCCUCCGCCCCCAGCAACAGAUUAUUGCAAAGUCGUCCCCACCCCUCCUUGCAAAUUCCCCUUUGCUCCCCCCCCUUUGGCUGGUGUCUGCUAGCCCCGCACUCCCCCUCAGCCCACGGUGCAGCCAGCCGGAGGGGGACGGGGCAUGUGUGGCUGAAAGCACCAAGGAGCCAUUAGCAGCUGACAGCGAUGCACAAGUCGGGCUGCUCUCCGCCCACCCAGGGCUCAACUCUCGGACUCCGUGGGCUUCUCUGCACCGGAGAGGCGGCGCCAGCGGAGCCCCCGCGGUCCCGUCUCUUCCCCCGGGCUCGGCACGGGACUGGCGUGGCCAUGGAAACAGCGCUGAUCUUUCUGUGCUCUCUGCUGGUGCCUGUGGUCGUGGCGGAUGCAGCCAGUCAAGAGAAGGAAAAAGAUCCUUUCAACUAUGAUUACCAGAGUUUGAGGAUCGGCGGUUUGGUGUUUGCCGUGGUCUUGUUUUCUGUUGGAAUUCUCCUUAUACUCAGCAGGAGGUGCAGAUGCAGCUUCAACCAAAAGCCCAGAGCCCCUGGGGAUGAGGAGGCUCAGGCAGAGAACUUGAUUGCCUCAAACGCAACAGGGGCACAAAAAGCAGAGAACUGAACUAGAGCCAUCAGAUCAGAGACCUGAGGACAGAUGCUUGGACCACCAAUGCAAGCGACCUGCAGGAAAGCGAGAAUGACAGCAACAGGUCCUCCUAAGGAGAUGCAAAGCAGCUGUGUCUGUGUUACCCUUUGUACUUUAAUACUGGUUCUCUCUAUAACAACCUAAGUAAACUCCGUGCGCGGUACUGUCUGCCUACAGUAAUGUGUAAUGUUCAUGUCUAACGACCAUCGCCGUUAAGGCUAGCUGCUGACGAUGUUGUAUUAGUAAGGUUCUCUUCAUUUUUCUAGUGCUGUUGAGUGGUGCGUGACUGAGAGAAUGACAGGAUGUGCUCCCCGUGGCACUUUGCUUGGCACCAUGUUGGGGGUGUGGUUCUUUGUCCUUUCUGUGGGGAGGGGGAGGUUUUUGGGUGGCUGCCUCUCAGACCUGGGAGCAUGGAUCAUACACCGCACUGCAAACUAAGGAAGGGAUCGUCCACUGGACGAGCGGAGUCCUGCUCUUCAGUGUUUGUAAAGCACUGUGUGCACUUCUGGUGCGAUAUCGAUCGCUAAUAACAAUAGUGUUUAUUGGAUCUCAUUAAUCCAAAAGCAAGAGCCUGCUGGUGCAUGGAGCCAAGUCUGCUUCGUGCUCCGAUCCUGGCACAGCACUCGGAUUUUAGUCUCCCUGAACCUUGGGGAUUUAAAUGGUUGGCCAGCAUGCGUCUUGCUCCACCCCCAAACAUCAGCAGUUGAAGCCGCUCAAGGGGAGGAGCUUUCCCUAUGUGGCUCUUGCACUGGGUCUGGGAGGGAGGUGUUGUUUUCACAUCUGGGCUGAUUGUGUUUUAUUCUCUUGGUAGGGCAGGAAAUCUGUUAAAACAGGAGAUGGGUGCAAAGCAACCCUCGCACUCCAGACUCUCUCUGUUUGACAAGAGGAAGGCGGAUCCGAAUCUGAAGUCACAUCCAGAUUUCUAAGCUGGCCAAACCCAGCGCCCAGGCCCAGACCCCCUCCUGAGCUUUGGGGAAUUUGAAAUCUGAAUCCUGGUUCCCAGCUCCGGAUCUGCUGAACUGGGGACAGUGCAGCACCUGUGGCUCUAGUGAGAAACCCACAGCCAGUGGCACCAGUUCAGCCAGAGCUCAGCUAAAGGCCUCGUCCCAGUUGUGGCAGCCAGCCCCUACAGCCCGUGUUUGUGCUGUGGAUGGCUGGUGUGAGCAACACAAACGUUGCACGCUCAAAGCAUUGCAAGAAGCAGGUUCUUGUGAUACAAGUUUUUUUUAGUUUAGAUGGGGCUUUGGGGAAUCACUUCAGUUUUGUUUUGGUGAAAUUGAAUCUGCAGGUAAAAUCCAACACAGUACGGCUGGAAGAGACCCAUGGAGAGCAGACUGCAGUUGCGUUUUGCAGUAUCAGCCAUAACCAUCAUGCGCCCCUGGAGCAGGGCCCCAAGGGCUCUUGCUGGUGAGGAAAGCAAGCCAAUUGUUUUUAUUUCUCAGACCGCACCUCCGUGCGAGUUUAAACCUAGGAGAGCUCUCUUUGCAGCAUGUGGCUUGUCGCUGCAGCACCCUCCUCUCUGAGCUCCCGGCUAAAAUCGCCUCCCCCCGGAGACGUUAUUUUCAAUGUGAUCUAGUGCUUUGGUGGAAGAGUCAGUCUGUGAAAUGCCCCAGUACAGUGACGCUAUGCAGGGAGUAAUCCUGCUUCCCUCCUCCAUUCUGUGUGACGAGGUUAGACCAUCUCUGAAGACUAAACAGGUCCUGUCUCAGAAAUUGUCUCUGUUAAAGGGCCAGUUCUUAUUUGUCUAAGCCAGCAAAGGGAUCCAGGGAGCACUGCAGGAGAUUAAACGCAGCAGUACUUUACCGUGAGUGGCACGUCUUUGUUAAUUCCUUUGCCGUUCCCUGUAGUGGGGUACAGGGGGUCAAGUCCUUGGCAUUAAUGUCACGUGUAAUUCCAGAGUGUCAGUAUCCACUUGCUGUACAACACCCUCCUCUGCUUCUGCUGGGAAAAUAGAGCCCUGAAUGGUGCUGGGUGACCCUCCGGGGCUCGGAGGGCAGCUUGGAUAGGAUGGAGGCUGCCCCCAUGCAGGUGGGUGAUGCACCACUUAUUUCCUAUGCUAAAGUCAAGUGUAACUAGGAGUUAAGUGUUGGCUGCCUCUGUACUGGCCCAGGACAUGGGGUGAAUUUUCCCCCAGAAACUUCCCAAAGUCUGAUCACUUAUCCAAACCUCUGAGCACCAAGGAGUAUGGCCCAGGUCUGCAGUCUUUCCUGGUAACUUAUGCAUUACAAGGGGCAAACUCGUGCGGUCAUGUUACCUCGUAAGAUUCCCAGUAUUUACCAGGCAGAUGCACAAACCCAAUGUGAGAUAAAACAAGGGGAAAGAAAGAAAAUUACAUUCAAGGGGAAUGAAGCUUUCAGAAUGUCUGCGUAGAUCCAGAUCUGUUCCAGGGAGAUUUGGGGAGAGAAGGUCCCAUUUGAUCCAUCCCAGUUCUUCUGCCUUGGGCUUCAGCAUGAGUGGGUAGGUGAGCAGAAGGAAGGUUUGUCUGGGAUCCGUGAAUUCAGGACACAAUAUUUAGUUUUCCUCCAGUGGUGUGUGAGAUGGGAAGCACCUCCUGUCCUGCAGUGUGAGGCAGAGUGAGUGCGUGUUGUGUUCCUCAGAUCCUUAUCUUUGUCCAACCUGUAGCAGGCAGUAAUAUGUUCUUUUUUUUCUUGGUGGCAUUCUACUGAUUCAAACAGGCAAACAAGCAAAACCCCUCCCAGUCCGCCCCCUGAGUGUUAGCUGUACGUGCACCAUGAGUUCUAUGUUCAGAGUGACUUCAGUGUCUGUAGUGUGCAGUCAGUGUAAAGAAAAACAUUAAAAAUUGUAUAUGUAGAAAAUGGCAAAAUCUUGAAUGUUGUAAAAUAAAACCAACUGUUGUGUUUUCGUUUUAAAUCAGCAAACCUUGCUGCUGUGAUAACGGACUGUUGUAUUCUGUGUUGUGAUCCAGAAUCUAAAGGGGGGGGAAAAAGGGAAUAAAAUAUCAUUUCUA